UUACGAAUGUCUUUGUAUUUAUUGUCUCGUUCUCUGAAAAUUCUAUUAACGAGGGCUGCUAUCGAUGCAAACAUUUUUCGUAAUGGAAAAAAAUAAUAAUUUAUUUUUACUUCGAGAGAAAUUAAAAUGUAAAUUUCACUUAGGUACCUCCACCGUAUAUGUAACUUUAAAACCUUUUUAUAGUUAUUUCUUUACCGUACCAUUUAAACUCGCACAAUUUAUUCUUUUACAUUUCUACUGAAAAAUGUAAGUGCUAUAGUUAUCUACCGCACUGUAUUUAUUUGACGGUUAUAAAUUUACAGUAAAUUUAUUUUAAGAAUUUUCCAAGUUCCAUUCGAGUGAAAUAAUUUUUGCAAGGGUGUUCCCUAUAAACAAAAUUAAAUUGCAAUGAAUAAUAGUGAAAUUUCCAAUCUGUGAAUAUUCAGAGGUACAAAAAAAGAAAUCAAAAUAUAGGUGACGGAAUAUGAUAAAAAUUACGAAAUUUUUGCGGUGAAACGGAUGUUUGGAGUCACAGAGUGCAGCGUGCGUGGAUCGCGGCAGCAGGUGGAAAACGCUUCGGAAGCGAAGCCGACGAAGGUAGAAGUGGCGGAGCGCAUCGUAGAGAACUGGUUUGCCGCGGGAGCUCGCGCGUCGAGACGCCUCGCGGCGCGACACACCGUGGUGGGGGGCGAUCCGUUUCGCGACUGCGUGGUGGGGGAAAGCUUGGCACCGACAAGUGAUCGUUUACAGUUAUAGUCAGUCCGGAUCGGGCGCUCGGUCAGCCGAGACUACUUGUGCCAAGUGUUCCCCCACAAACGAACCCGAUUUGUCGAGCCGGUAUUAACGUGACCGUCGCCUUUCCACGCGGCCCGCAUCGAGACGAGUAGUUGAGUGAAGUGUCUUCCACCAAACGACCCUAAACGUUCCACCCUUCCGCGACAUCCUGUUUAUCGGAUAUCUCUCUUCCCACCCGGUGAUUCUGGUGGCCAGGGGCCACGGAACCCCGUGAAAUUCGACGAAAUCGAAUCGGGCACGAUUAACGGUACAUGCACGCGCGUCGCUGGUGAAAAGCAGACGCAGGAUCGCGUCGGAUCGAAACGACAGCGCCGGGAAUGUGGACGCCGUGGGUUCAUUGUGCACGAUUGAUUGGAUACGUGUCAGCCUUCGUCAGAAUCGAAGCUUGGUGUCGGUCUCGCUCGAUUCCUCGUAGAUAGUGCCCUCCUUCCUCCACCCGGGAGUCCAAGGUAAUUUCAUCGGAUGCCAGAGAUCCAGCAGGGAGUUCGGAAGAGAAACACGGAGCACCAGUUAUCGAUCGGCUCCGACUGAGAGCAACGGGAUAGAAACCUUAUAGAUCGCAGUGAUUGUGUCGAUCGAACCGAGAAGGAAAGUGUGGUGAAACUGUCGAUAAAAACAAACGCAGAAUAUUCGUGAAACAAAACCGGAAAAACCGAACAGUGUCGACUGGGAAAGUGUUAUUUACUUACGCAAAGAUAACAGGAGUAUAGCGAGCGUUCGAAGAUCGAGGGAGGAUCGAUUUCUGACCAAGGAUCGUCGAUCUCUCGAGCGUGUACGCGUAAUACAACGAUCUCUUCGAUGGAAGGUCGAAGAUAAUCGUGCGUAACCUCACCCAGGACCGCCAACUUCUAAGGGGGUCCAACACCAUAACUUUCCUCAGGAUAAUGCGAAGCCUGGAGAGGUUAUCAGGUAGCGAUCAAGACUGCGAUCAGGAGAUGUAUAUCGACCUGGACGACGCUUCCGUCGACUCGCUUACCGGAAAACGAAGUCGACACCAUGUGGUUGGCGCAGAGGUGGGUGAGGAGAGCGACAGUAGUGGCAGCGAGAGAAGCCCGAAACAAGCGAAAAGAAGGAAUCGGGGAGGACCACCGACGACGAGGAGACGAAAAAGUGGAAUUUCCGCGCGAGAAAGGAACCUGAGGAGGCUUGAGAGCAACGAGAGAGAAAGAAUGAGAAUGCAUUCCCUGAACGAUGCUUUCGAGCAACUGCGCGAGGUGAUACCACACGUAAAAAUGGAAAGGAAACUCAGCAAAAUAGAGACGCUCACGUUGGCCAAGAAUUACAUAAUGGCUCUGACAAACGUCAUAUGUGAAAUGCGCGGCGAGGAACAACCAUACACAUUCGUGGACGGCGAGUGCGGCUCUAGCAGCGGCGACAGCACGGGUCAGCUAGAGUUGAGCGGCGGCGAGCAACCGGAAGAAGCGUCGCCUGCGUCGAUGCACGAGACCAACAACAACAGUUUGCUCCAUGAAGAUUUAGAGCGCAGGAUACCGUAGCUUCCUUAAUUACGUCUGAACCUCGACUGAUCCUCGUUGUCAAGACUCGUAAACAGAUCUUCUUCUUCGAACCGUUCGCGGGAAAAGAACGACGGAUCGUGACUUCGUCGAAGACGUUCGAGUGAGAGAACGGAGACGAGCCGAUGGGAGAGGAUCGUCGGAAUGGUCGUUCGGGACUUAUCGAAGAAGAUGCAAUCGGCUUUUACGAAAUGAUCCGUCCAAGGUCGACCUCUGGAGAUCUUUCGAAGGCCAACGAGAUGCGAGGUUGACGAAGAAAGAGAAAAAACGAAAGAUGGUCUUCAGGGUCGGUCGCGAGUCGUGCGAAUUCUCUUCGUUUUUUUUUUUUCCUUCUUUUUCUUCUUUUCGGGUGUGACACGGGCCCGUUGCCUUGAAACGUCUCGAUUUUUUUUCUGCUCGCCGGCUAUAACAGCGCGAAACGACUUUCCUCGUAUAUCCGAGUCGAUCGUUAAUUACGAAUUCCGUAUCCUCCUCGUUUCAUUUUCAAUGUAUUAGUCGCGUGCCAGAAGGCGUUCGACCGAGGACAUCGACUAGUAAAUAUGUCCAGAGUCUGGCCGCGUUCGUUGCGAUCAGAACUGUUUUAUUCCGGAAAAAACGAAUAUUGCAACGAACCGUGAAGACGUUUCGCUUUGAGUUCGAAGGAUCUCGAGGUCGGGCGCCAACAGAUCGGUGAUCGCAUCGACGACGGUAACGAUCAGUGCGGCGCAAAAAGUGUGAAAAACUGUGAUAGAAUUUCGUAUUAGAAACCUCGUUUGCACAUCGUCCCGCGCGUGACAUCGUGCCAAAUACAUUUUCCAUUUCUUCGCGGUGAGUUUGGACGAGAACCGGCGACAGGAGUCGCCGGGAAGUGACCGUAAAGAGAUAUCGGGGGCAAUCGAAACGAAACAAUAGCUACGAUCGCUGCCCAAUAGCGGGGAAAACCCGGUUUCUUCGACGCGAUUCAAACGUCAAACGGACCACGGAGCCUCCGAAUCUCGUCAAACUUUUGAGAAUUCGCUCGCGGAACGGACAGAGUAACCGUAAUUCCAUUAAUUAUGUUUUUCGUUCGAUGGAGGAAGAGAUAAAAGGGGUAAAAGAGUCCCAGAACAUAUAAAAACAAAUUCCCUGUACAGAUAUCUUUAGGAAAACACGUCGAAAAUAUGAUUCACCAUUUUUUGCAAAUCAAAUCCAAAUGGGUAACUCAAAAGUCAAAUGAUACAACAUCAUUUUGUCGUCUUUCGUGAUUUAAUUCGUAAACAGUGAGCUAGCACUACAUACAUUCAGUGUUAAAUAAAUAUUUGAUUUUUUUGUUUGAAUAUUAUUACAUGAAUACGAAUAUUACGAUAUACGAAAACAAAUUUUUAGUAAAGCUAGAUUUGUGAUUGUAUGAAUUUGAUUUUCAAAAAGGUGAAUUCUAUCUAGCUCGAAACCUUUCCAUAUUUUAUAACCCCGCUCCUUCCUCUGAAUAUCAGAGAAACGUUAUUAACGCUAAAUUUACAGACACGAAUCGCACAUAUUUUUAUCAAAACCCGUUACAUUAACGAUGGCUCUAAAAUGCGUUUUUGUUUUAAUUAGGAUACGUAUUCGUAUCGUUACAUAAAUCAAAUACCACACAAAUUGCUAAGAAAUAAUUAACGGAUCCCCGUAAAUCUAGUGUUAAAAAGGAGGUAAAUUCCUACGAAAGAAGCUGUAAUAUUUAUUAACGACGAAAGUUUGACGUUUCGUUCGACGUUUGAAUCGAGUGGACGGAAACAUGAGCGCAUACGAAGACACGGACUUCGAAGAGUAACGCGUACCUUAGACACAUACAUAAAUACAUAUAUCUAUAUAUUAAUAUAUACGUAUAUUAGCAUAUUGAUGAUUAAUACGAUUGGAUAUUGAUCGUGAAUGUGAUAAUAUAAUUUUUGCUGUAUCAUCUCGAGAACGGGGACCAGAGACAUCGACUUAAGUUACCAGAUUUCCGCGGAUGCGCGGAAUAAAAAGACGCUUCGAGACUGGCUUUCGAGUAAUCGAUUUGCGGAGCUUGCGCUUCCUUUCUUCGGCCACAGAGAGGACAAUGCAUUUAACGGAACCUGCGCACGAUGCAACGCAUACCCGAUAUACGCCAAGCUAGACAUGUACAAAUAUCGUUUCGUUUCACGCGUCACCUUUUUUUUCUACUUUUAUCACGUUGCUCUAUAAACGUUUCUCUGUUUUCUUCAUUCUUCGUUCGCCACCUUUCAACGUCCGCGACGCGUCGUCCAUCUUGCAUCCAGGGUUUCAAAACAAUUACGAUAUCGAAACUGUUAUAAGCGAAAAAUAUUUUAACAUACAAGAUGUUCCGCAUUUUUUCGUACACGCUUCAGUGCGUUCUACAAGUAAAAAUGAGACUAAAAUGUUAUA